AUGGAGAUGUCUACCAAGGUGGUGGCGGUGCUCGUCCUCGCCGUGCUGGCGGCGGCCUCGACCGAGGCGAGGAACAUCAAGACGACGGAGGCGGCCAGCAAGGACGCGGUCCUGCAGCCGACGACCUUCCCGCCCUUCGACCGCUUCGGCAGCGCGUCCCCGGCGUUCGGCGGCAUGCCCGGGUUCAGCCUCCCCGGCAGCAGCGGCGCCACCCCGGGCCUCGGCGGCAUCGGCAGCAUGCCCUUCCUCGGCGGCUCUUCCCCAGGACUCGGCGGCUCACCGGGCCUCGGCGGCUUUGGCCGCAUGCCGGGCUCCCCCGCCGCCGCCUCCGUCGACGAGCACGCCCAGAAGCCCUGA